AUGGAGGACUCGAGCCUUACAAUCGUGAUCAAACUCGGGACAAGCUCCAUUGUCGACGAGAAAACACACGAGCCUAUUCUUUCUAUUCUAACUCUGAUCGUCGAAACUGUAGCGCGAUUGCGCAAAGAUGGUCACCGAGUCGUCUUAGUCUCGUCUGGCGCAGUGGGGGUUGGUCUGCGAAGGAUGGAUGUUGAUGAACGGCCAGAUUAUCUUCCUCGAAUACAGGCCCUUGCUGCCGUUGGCCAAUGUCGACUUAUGAGUCUCUGGGAUAACCUCUUUUCUCAUCUUCGCGUGCCCGUGGCCCAAAUUUUGCUGACGAGGAACGAUAUUGCCGAUAAUACCCAAUAUACCAACGCGCAAAACACAUUCGAGCAACUGUUCGACAUGGGCGUGGUGCCUAUCGUCAAUGAAAACGAUACCCUAGCUGUUUCUGAAAUCAAAUUUGGCGACAAUGAUACCCUUUCAGCGAUUACUGCGGCCGCAGUCAAGGCCGAUUAUUUGUUCUUGAUGACGGAUGUCGACUGUCUCUACACAGCUAACCCACGUAGUGAUCCUGAUGCUAAGCCAAUCGAAGUUGUCACUGACAUUUCAACGUUGGAAGCUGAUGUGUCAUCUGCCGGUUCAGCCUUAGGCACUGGAGGUAUGACCACGAAAAUCGUGGCAGCAAAGUUGGGAACUAGUGCCGGUGUGAUGACCAUAAUCACCAAGAGUUCCAAGCCAGGAAACGUCCAUGAUAUCGUGAAAUAUCUCCAAGCAGUUCAAAAACUCACUGACCCCAACGACCCGACCAUUGGCGACAUCCCCAAGCCACCUCUUCACACUCGUUUUAUCCCUUCAGAUACCCCAAUCCAGUCUCGGAAAUUUUGGUUACUGCACGGACUGACGCCACAUGGCACAAUAUACAUUGACCAAGGAGCCUACGAAGCCCUCCUUGGCAAGGCAAGCCUUCUACCAGCUGGAGUUAUUGGAGUCGAGGGCCAUUUUGGGCAGCAAGAAGCGGUGCGCCUUGUUGUUGUGGAUCGACCUUCCCCGGAAGCUCUAAAUGGUGAUUUCCUCCAUCAUUCACAAGAGCCGAAGGAAGUGGGUCGGGCUAUCGUGAACUAUGGAAGCAUUGAAAUUGCGCAUAUUAAGGGCCAUCGUAGUACACAUAUCGAGGCUGUGCUUGGGUAUGCAGACAGCGAUUAUGUUGCUUUGCGUGAUAAUAUUUCAUUCCAUCCAGAUGAGCGGCAUAAUCUUCCAGCUACUCCAGCCAUGGUCCCAGCGAUUGACUCGUGGGGUUCUCCGUGA